UUACGCUCCUAUCCCGAGGGGUUAAUUGGGGUCACUUCAAAUUCAGGAAGUUAACUGUCAAAAAUGGCCAGUGAUCAGGUGAGCCUGUAAUUUACGCCCUCGGCCGUGCAGAGGAUGGUUGCCAAUUAUAGCCUCGUUGGUGGAGCUCGCUAGCACCAGAGGUUUUAUAACAAACAUGAAGGUGACCCGCACCAAACACGGCUUACUUCGUGCCUGCGGCCUGUCCUGUUUCAUCUUCUUGCUGUGCACCGGAGUUGUGGCCGGGCGGGAACUGGCCUCUCAUCACCGCACGAUGAAGCGCAGCCGUCGGAGCCAUCAGAGCGCGAAGCACAAAGGAGCGCACCACCGGCCGCUGACGGACGAGCAGAAAGCGGACCAGAACCUGCAGUUCAUGUUGACUUUGUACCGGAGCGCUGCCGAACCGGACGGCAGGCCCAAACAGCACCGGAAGUUCGGCUCCAACACGGUGCGUCUGCUGAGGCCGUCGGCGUCGUCGGUGUACUACCUGCCAGCGUCCAGAGAUCACCACUACAGCUUCACAGUAGAGUACAGCCUUGACACUCUUCCCUCGGAGCAGUUGAUCAAAGCCUCUUUCAUCCACCUCAACUCUUCAUCCUCUACCACAACCUUGAACCCCACCCAGGCCCUCAAGUUGUCGCGCUGCAGGGCUCAGAUCAAGUCGCUGGGCAAAGAGAGCCUGGUCAAUCUCGAGCCCCAUGAUCAGUGGACGGAGACGGACAUCACCGCGCACGUCCAGCAGGGGAAGAGCUUUGGUCCGGGGGCACACCUGACCCUCACUGCCCAGUACUGGUGCACAGAGCCUUGGCAUGAUGAAGAGGACGGCAGCCUCUCGUGGGGGUGGGGGUUUCGUCCUCGAGGGAGGAAAAGAUGGAGAGGUGAACCUCUUGAAGUCCCAUCUCUCCUUUUGUACCUGGAGGAGGAAAGGGAAGUAAAGGACUGGAUGGGGGACUUGCUGGGGGCUGAAGGGGAAGACAUCAUGAGGCGAAUAGGGCAGUGGCAUCCUUCGGUACGCCGCCGCCGCUCCAAAGACCAUUCCUCUUCAGAGGCCAAAGACACUUCGCUGGAUGUUCUGAAAAACGCACCUGCUUCCUCCUCCUCCUCUUCUUUCUCCAUCUCCUCCUCUUCCUCCAUUAUCUCUGACAUCCCCAACUACAAACAUAAAACCAGCAUGCCCAAGAACCGCUGCAAGCUCCACUCGUUUCGCCUCUCGUUCGACGAGCUCGGCUGGGGUCACUACUUCAUCGCUCCGCCGGUGUACAACCCGCGGUUCUGCCAGGGCAACUGCCCGAGGGUGCUCCCGUACGGCUUCCAUUCCCCCAACCACGCCAUCAUCCAGACGGUCAUCAACGACCUGGGCGUCGGGGACGUCCCCCCUCCGUCCUGCGUGCCUUACAAGUACAUGCCCAUGAGCGUGUUAGUUGUGCACAAGAAGAAGGUGGAGUACAGGGAGCUGGAGGACAUGGUGGCAGAGUCGUGCACGUGUCGCUAAAAACUCGAGCAGACUUGGAUAUGCGUAGCACUGAGAGACGAGACUAAAGGGGCCGAUUCGAUGGGUCAUUUGUUUGAUCUACGGCUUGGCGUCUAACCAUAAUGAGCUCGAGACAGGAAGGAGGAAGUCUUUGUGGUUUCAGAUUUUCACCAUUCCUGUUAAAGCACUUUUCAAAGGCAGCUGCUGAAUGGAACUGGCCUGCAUGGCUGUGACUAUGGGUUGUGCAGAUGAGAGGAUGUGUCUAUUUACUGAAUUUUCUUUUUUGAUUUCUUUUUUGAAUAAUUGUUCUGUGAGCUAAAGCACUGUGCAGAUUGGUAAAUGUGUUUGCUAUAGUCACUAAUGUAUUUUUUCUAUUGAGAUAAAGGGAGCUGGUGAAUAUGGAAGUAUUUUUAGCCACCUGAGGGUAACUUUAAGUGGUAAUUUAACUACAAUAAAAUGAAUUGAACUUCUACAGUAACUAAUGAAAUUGAUUGAACAUCGGUAACUUUUUAAGAAAACUGAUUGAGUAAAUGGUUUAUAAUAUUAAACGGAGUGAUUUAUCUCAUUGGAGGACAAAUGCAUGUUGAAUCCAUCUUCAAUGUUUAACGUCAAACCACAGCCAUCUAAUGAAUAUUUCUUUUCUUGUGCCUAUCUUUGUAUUCCUUUUUUUUCUGUAAUGUUCUUUUUUAAAAACCGGAUCUGUGUCUUGCAUCAGGGCUGCAAUUCUCACAAAGAACCUGCAAAAAAGCCUAUACUUGUGUGACUAAAAAAA